AUGGGAGUCGAACCUUCGUUGGUCUUUGCAUUACCUACGAGGAUGAUCCCGUACACCUACUCGUCUUCAUCGCGAUUCACCCCGAAUCGCUGGGGUUCCGGGGUCCGCGAUUCACUUUGCAUGAAAGUGAAUCGCGCAGGUGAAUCGCGCACUGAAUCGCGAGGUUUGACCACGCCUAAUGACGCAGGUCAGAAGAUGAUAGCAAAGGUUUCGAUUCAAGCAAAGAAAUACUAUCCGAAAGACUUGAAGGAUCCCAAGCUUACUGAAAAGUUUAAAAAGGUUAGCGCUUUUAGAACAAUCCUCGACAAGUAUGUUGAUGUGCGCGACGGUACGCUGGUCAUUGUCAAAGCAUUGCUUCUGCUUAAGUCUACGUUGCAGCCUGUAAGGAAUAUGCUACUCACGAUUUCUCAAGUUCUCGACGGGGUACUCGGCCGUCGUCUCCUCUCGGAAAACACAGACAAUACAGUGAUUAUGAUUAUGACACUUCAAGAGUAUUAUGAUGCUCUGAAAAGUUACUGUGAGGCAGAAGAAGAAAGGCUCAGGGCCCAGCGCAAGGAAGAGGAGCAGAGACACUUAAGACACAUUGCUGAGCGUGAACAGAGGCGUCAAGAAUGGUUACGAAAGGUAUAUGAAGAGGAGGAGCGCAGACGUGCAGAGGAAGAAGAAGAACGCCGAAGGAUCUCUGAAUAUGAAGAAGCUUGUAGGAAAGCUGAACGUGAGCGCCGGCGAAAUGAGGAAUGGCGUCAUCAUGGUACAGCGCGCACCACUCUCGACAUCAUUCUUCAGACCGAAGACCUCGUUCUACUCAUGAACAAGAGAUUAGGUUCAACCAUGUUCGUCCGAGACCGCAAACAGUGCCGUCAGGGCGGCACGUACAGGAACGCAGAUACAUUGAUCCAAAUGGGCACUCAACGACAACUACCAGGAUUAUUACAGAUUAUGGUGAUGGUGACGACUAUUCCGAUGGAGGGUAUUUGCCUUCAUUGUCAGGAUUUGGAUCCCUAG